AUGUGUGAAAAUAAAACUGGAGAGCACAUGGUGAUAAAGGUGCCCGAAGGUGACAGUCUGGCACACGAGGCGGAAAUCUUGAAAAAGCUCAAGCACCACAACUCGGAUGAGUCCAACAUCGUGGAGUACAAGGGACAUGUCUUUGCAAGAUUUACGCGGCUCCUGGUGUUUGAAAAACUGGACAUCACCCUGCAUGACUAUGUAAAGGGCUUAACACAGCCAAUGCGACUGGAACACAUCCGUACAGUUAUUCAGCAGCUGGCUGUAGCUUUGAAUACAACGAAGAGUGCUGGCAUAAUCCACACUGAUCUGAAGAUGGAUAACAUCAUGAUGGUGGAUCAUGUGAAGCAGCCCUUCAGGGUCAAACUCAUAGAUUUUGGUUUGGCCAAGUACAGAGCUCCAGAAAUCAUCCUGGGCCUGCCGUAUUCAGAGGCCAUCGACGUUUGGUCAUUGGCCUGCGUGAUGUUCAAGAUGGUGGCUCAUCAAGUUCCCUUCGGGACAGACUCAGAAUACUAUGUGCUCAAAGAAAUGAUCCGUCUGCUGGGUCUGCCGCCGCAACAUCUCAUCCUAGCUGGCCGGAGAUGUAUUCUGAGACGGACAACCCAGCAGAAGCUGAUGAGAGGAGGGGAGUGUAUCGAGCUGUUGAAGGCGAUGGUUCGGUGGAAUAAGAAGGAUAGAAUCACCCCCAGUGGUAUCCUCAACCAUCCUUUUAUCACCAAAAGCUACCUCAACAGCAGCUCCCCCAUCAGCCAGUUGGCUUGCCUGAUGAGGACAGUGACCUGGAGGAGAAGAAGAAGAGAGAAAAACACAGAGACUGAGAAUAAAAAGGAUGGUUAUCCUGAGAACAUCCAGGACAGGAAGAACAGUGAAGACAAUGAGAAACCUGUCAACAAGGAGAUCAGUGAACAUGAGGACAGUGAAAAGAAUGACACUGAUGAGGACACUGAGGACAUCCAGGACAGGAAAAACAGUGAAGACAAUGAGAAACCUGUCAACAAGGAGAUCAGUGAACAUGAGGACAGUGAAAAGAAUGACACUGAUGAGAACACUGAGGACAUCCAGGACAGGAAAAACAGUGAAGACAAUGAGAAACCUGUCAACAAGGAGAUCAGUGAACAUGAGGACAGUGAAAAGAAUGACACUGAUGAGAACACUGAGGACAUCCAGGACAGGAAAAACAGUGAAGACAAUGAGAAACCUGUCAACAAGGAGAUCAGUGAACAUGAGGACAGUGAAAAGAAUGACACUGAUGAGAACACUGAGGACAUCCAUGACAGGAAAAACAGUGAAGACAAUGAGAAACCUGUCAACAAGGAGAUCAGUGAACAUGAGGACAGUGAAAAGAAUGACACUGAUGAGAACACUGAGGACAUCCAGGACAGGAAAAACAGUGAAGACAAUGAGAAACCUGUCAACAAGGAGAUCAGUGAACAUGAGGACAGUGAAAAGAAUGACACUGAUGAGAACACUGAGGACAUCCAGGACAGGGAAAAACAGUGA